UAUCCCGGGAUCUGCCGUCUGUGGUUUCCACAUGGAGGACAUUGAGCACGUCUUCGAUGGUGCCUUCAAGGAGCAGAGAUCGACCGACUCCGGAUGGACCCCCGUCCCUGACGAGAGAGUGCCCACCCCCAGGCCCGGGGUUUGCGCACGGCACGGAGGGGCCCAGUCUUACAAAAGCAGCAACGACAUCCCCGACGAGAGCCUGUCCUUUAUUAAAUCGCACCCCCUCAUGGACGCGGCCGCGGCGCCCGUUGCUGAGAGGCCGUGGCUCGUCCGGAGCGUGGGAAG